GAGUGAGAUCUGGACUGCGCCGGGCGCCCAGAUCCAGUCCCCGGCCACCGCGACCGCCGCCCAGACCGCUGUUCCACCGCCAGGUGCAAAAUGCCGUGUCAUUGGGAGAGUCUGCGGUCGGAGCAUUGAAUUACAGCUCAGCCGAGCCCCGGUAGGGCGGCGGGGGUGGAGGAUGAGCAGAAGCCCCUGUUCUCCUCGGAGCGCCCGCUGAAAAGCGGACUAAGCGCAGCUGGGGUGGGGAAAGAGCGGAGCCCACAGGAGCAGCCCGGGACUGGCCUGUUCCUCUUCAAGAGCCGCGGCUCUGAGCCAGAAGCCAGUGAUCCGAGCUGGCCCCCCUCCGCUAGCCCUCUACAGUGAGGGACCCACGAGCUGCGCCUCGGCCCUGUCCGACCUUCCCCAGCCCUCUCCGCGCCCUGGGCGCACGGGGCACUGACUCGCGCCAGUCAUGCUGAGAGUCUUCAUCCUCUAUGCCGAGAACGUCCACACCCCGGACUCCGACAUCAGCGAUGCCUACUGCUCCGCGGUGUUUGCAGGGGUGAAGAAGAGAACCAAAGUCAUCAAGAACAAUGUGAACCCCGUGUGGAAUGAGGGCUUCGAAUGGGACCUCAAGGGCAUCCCCCUGGACCAGGGCUCUGAGCUGCAGGUGGUGGUCAAAGACCAUGAGACGAUGGGGAGGAACAGGUUCCUGGGGGAAGCCAAGGUCCCACUCCGGGAGGUCCUUGCCACCCCCAGUCUGUCUGCCAGCUUCAAUGCCCCCCUGCUGGACACCAAGAAGCAGCCCACAGGGGCCUCACUGGUCCUGCAAGUGUCCUAUACGCCGCUCCCUGGAGCCGCGCCCAUGUUCGCACCAUCUGUGCCUCUGGAACCCUCCCCAACUCUGCCCGACAUGGAUAUGGUGGCUGGUGGGGGACAGAGCCGGGCCGAGACUUGGUCCCUGCUCAGUGACAGCACCGUGGACACGAGAUACUCUGGAAAGAAGUGGCUGGCCCCCACGGACACAGGAGGAGAGGAGGACACUGAGGACCAGGGGCUCACAGGAGACGAGGCCGAGCCAUUCCUGGACCAGAGCGGAGCUACAGGCCCAGGGGCUCCCAUCACCCCAAAGAAGCCGCCUUCCCAUCCUCCCCCUUACCACCCUGGGGGAAGAAAGAAGAGGAGCACGCCCACGCCCAGAAAGCUGCUGUCGGACAAACCGCAGGACUUCCAGAUCAGGGUCCAGGUGAUCGAGGGACGCCAGCUGCCAGGGGUGAACAUCAAGCCUGUGGUCAAGGUCACCGCUGCUGGGCAGACCAAGCGGACGCGAAUCCACAAGGGAAACAGCCCCCUUUUCAAUGAGACUCUUUUCUUCAAUGUGUUUGACUCUCCCGCGGAGCUGUUUGAUGAGCCCAUCUUCAUCACGGUGGUAGACUCCCGUUCCCUCAGGACGGAUGCUCUCAUCGGAGAGUUCCGGAUGGACGUGGGCACCAUCUACAGAGAGCCCCGACACGCCUACCUCAGGAAGUGGCUGUUGCUCUCGGACCCAGAUGAUUUCUCUGCGGGGGCCAGGGGCUACCUGAAAGCAAGCCUUUGCGUGCUGGGGCCUGGAGACGAAGCCCCCCUGGAGAGAAAAGACCCCUCUGAAGACAAGGAGGACAUUGAAGGCAACCUGCUCAGGCCGACCGGUGUGGCCCUGCGCGGAGCGCACUUCUGCCUGAAGGUCUUCAGGGCCGAAGACUUACCGCAGAUGGAUGAUGCCGUGAUGGACAACGUGAAGCAGAUCUUUGGCUUUGAGAGUAACAAGAAGAACUUGGUGGAUCCCUUCAUGGAAGUCAGCUUUGCAGGGAAAAUGCUCUGCAGCAAGAUCCUGGAGAAGACAGCCAACCCUCAGUGGAACCAGAGCAUCACGCUUCCUGCCAUGUUUCCCUCCAUGUGUGAGAAGAUGAGGAUUCGUGUCAUAGACUGGGACCGCCUCACCCACAACGACAUCGUGGCCACCACCUACCUGAGUAUGUCAAAAAUCUCCGCCCCUGGAGGUGAAAUAGAAGAGGAGCCUGCAAGUGUGGUCAAGCCUCCUCCAGCCUCAGACCUGGACGACCACCUGGGCUUCCUCCCCACCUUCGGGCCCUGCUACGUCAACCUCUACGGGAGCCCCAGGGAGUUCACUGGCUUCCCGGACCCCUAUGCGGAGCUCAACACGGGCAAGGGGGAAGGCGUCGCCUACCGAGGCCGGCUUCUGCUCUCCCUGGAGACCAAGCUGGUAGAGCACAGCGAGCAGAAGGUGGAGGACCUCCCGGCCGAUGACAUCCUUCGGGUGGAGAAGUACCUCCGAAGGCGCAAGUACUCCCUCUUCGCCGCCUUCUACUCGGCCACCAUGCUGCAGGAUGUUGACGACGCCGUCCAGUUCGAGGUCAGCAUCGGGAACUACGGGAACAAGUUCGACACGACCUGCCUGCCGCUGGCCUCUACCACCCAGUACAGCCGGGCGGUCUUUGACGGGUGCCACUACUACUACUUGCCCUGGGGCAACGUGAAACCCGUGGUGGUGCUGUCAUCCUACUGGGAGGACAUCAGCCACAGAGUCGAGGCUCAGAACCAGCUGCUCAGGAUUGCCGACCGGCUGGAAGCCGGCCUGGAGCAAGUCCACUUGGCCCUGAAGGCACAGUGCUCCAGCGAGGACGUGGACUCCCUGGUGGCUCAGCUGAUGGAUGAGCUCAUCGCAGACUGCAGCCAGCCCCUGGGCAAUGUCCAAGAGAUGCCCUCCGCCACCCACCUGGACCAGUACUUGUACCAGCUGCGCACCCGUCACCUGAGCCAGAUCACCGAGGCAGCUCAGGCCCUGAAGCUUGGCCACAGUGAGCUCACCACCACCCUGGAGCAGGCUGAGGACUGGCUCCUGCGUCUGCGUGCCCUGGCAGAUGAGCCCCAGAACAGCCUGCCUGACAUCGUCAUUUGGAUGCUGCAGGGAGACAAGCGAGUGGCGUACCAGCGGGUGCCCGCCCACGAGGUCCUGUUCUCCCGCCGGGGCGCCAGCCACUGCGGCAAGAAUUGUGGAAAGCUGCAGACGAUAUUUCUGAAAUAUCCGAUGGAGGGGAUGCCCAGAGCCCGGAUGCCAGUACAGAUUCGGGUCAGGCUCUGGUUUGGGCUCUCUGUGGAUGAAAAGGAGUUCAACCAGUUUGCUGAGGGCAAGCUCUCCGUCUUUGCCGAAACCUAUGAGAACCAGACCAAGCUGGCCCUGGUCGGGAACUGGGGUACAACGGGACUCACCUACCCCAAGUUUUCUGAUGUCACAGGCAAGAUCAAACUCCCCAAGGACAGCUUCCGCCCCUCGGCCGGCUGGACCUGGGCUGGAGACUGGUUCGUGUGUCCAGAGAAGACCCUGCUUCAUGACACUGAUGCGGGCCACCUGAGCUUCGUGGAAGAGGUGUUUGAGAACCAGACGCGGCUCCCUGGAGGCCAGUGGAUCUACAUGAGCGACAACUACACGGACGUGAACGGGGAGAAGGUGCUCCCCAAGGAUGACAUCGAGUGCCCACUGGGCUGGAAGUGGGAAGAUGAAGAGUGGUCCACGGACCUCAAUCGGGCCGUUGAUGAACAAGGCUGGGAGUACAGCAUCACCAUUCCCCCGGACCGGAAGCCGAGGCACUGGGUCCCCGCCGAGAAGAUGUACUACACACACCGUCGGCGCCGCUGGGUCCGUCUGCGCAGGAGGGACCUCAGCCAGAUGGAGGCACUGAAGAGGCACAGGCAGGCGGAGGCGGAGGGCGAGGGCUGGGAGUACGCCUCGCUCUUCGGCUGGAAGUUCCACCUGGAGUAUCGCAAGACAGAUGCCUUCCGCCGCCGCCGCUGGCGCCGCCGCAUGGAGCCGCUGGAGAAGACCGGGCCUGCAGCUGUGUUUGCCCUCGAGGGGGCCCUGGGCGGCGUGGUGGAUGACAGGAGUGACGAUUCCACGUCCGUCUCCACCUUGAGCUUUGGCGUGAACAGACCCACGAUUUCCUGCAUCUUCGACUACGGGAACCGCUACCAUCUGCGCUGCUACAUGUACCAGGCCCGGGAUCUGCCUGCGAUGGACAAGGACUCUUUUUCCGAUCCCUACGCAAUCGUCUCCUUCCUGCACCAGAGCCAGAAGACGGUGGUGGCGAAGAACACCCUGAACCCCACCUGGGACCAGACGCUCAUCUUCUACGAGAUCGAGAUCUUCGGCGAGCUGGCCAGCAUCACUGAGCAGCCGCCCAGCAUCGUGGUGGAGCUGUAUGACCACGACACCUACGGUGCAGAUGAGUUUAUGGGACGCUGCAUCUGUCAGCCAAGCCUGGAACGGAUGCCCCGGCUGGCCUGGUUCCCGCUGACAAGGGGCAACCAGCCGGCAGGUGAGCUGCUGGCCUCUUUUGAGCUCAUCCAGAGAGAGAAGCCGGCCAUCCACCACAUUCCUGGUUUUGAGGUGCAGGAUACAGCAGGGAUCCUGGAAGAGUCGGAGGACACAGACCUGCCCUACCCACCACCCCAGAGGGAGGCCAACAUCUACAUGGUCCCCCAGAACAUCAAGCCGGUUCUCCAGCGAACUGCCGUUGAGAUCCUGGCAUGGGGCCUUCGGAACAUGAAGAGUUACCAGAUGGCCAGUGUGUCCUCCCCCAGCCUGGUGGUGGAGUGCGGGGGCCAGACGGUGCAGUCCUGUGUCAUCAAGAACCUCCGGAAAAACCCCAACUUCGACACCUGCACCCUCUUCAUGGAAGUGAUGCUGCCCAGGGAGGAGCUGUACUGCCCCCCGAUCGUGGUCAAGGUCAUUGAUAACCGCCAGUUUGGCCGCCGGCCUGUGGUGGGCCAGUGUACCAUCCGCUCCCUGGAGAGCUUCCUGUGUGACCCUUACUCAGAGGAGAGUCCGUCCCCACAGGGUGGCCAAGAUGACGUGAGCUUACUCAGUCCUGGGGAAGACGUACUCAUUGAUGUGGACGACAAGGAACCGCUGAUCCCCAUUCAGGAAGAGGAGUUCAUUGAUUGGUGGAGCAAAUUCUUUGCCUCUAUAGGGGAGAGGGAAAAGUGCGGGUCCUACCUGGAGAAGGACUUUGACACUCUGAAGGUCUAUGACACACAACUGGAGAACGUGAAGGCCUUUGAGGGCCUGUCAGACUUUUGUAACACCUUCAAGCUCUACCGGGGCAAGACUCAGGAGGAGAUGGAAGACCCUUCCGUCAUUGGGGAAUUUAAGGGCCUCUUCAAAAUUUACCCCCUCCCGGAAGACCCAGCCAUCCCCAUGCCCCCGAGACAGUUCCACCAGCUGGCCGCCCAGGGGCCCCAGGAGUGCCUGGUCCGCAUCUACAUCAUCAGAGCAUUCGGCCUGCAGCCCAAGGACCCCAACGGGAAGUGUGAUCCUUACAUCAAGAUCUCCAUUGGGAAGAAAUCGGUGAGUGACCAGGAUAACUACAUCCCCUGUACGCUGGAGCCUGUGUUUGGAAAGGGGCUCCCUAGUCAUGAUGAGCAGUCACACAGGGUGCCUGCGGUGAAAGUGAAGGUGGGGCGGUGCCGUGAGGGUGGGUACAUGGGUCACUGCACGCCCCUCCCCCUCGUUGGUGUCCCAGAACGUCUCAUCUUUGUCUUGUGUUUGGGCCUCAGCUCUGGACCCAACCAGUGGAGGGAUCAGCUCCGCCCCUCCCAGCUCCUCCACCUGUUCUGCCAGCAGCACCGAGUCAAGGCCCCCGUGUACCGGACAGACCGCGUGGUGUUUCAGGAUAAAGAAUACACCAUUGAAGAGAUAGACGCUGGCAGGGCCCCGAACCCACACCUGGGCCCAGUGGAGGAGCGUCUGGCCUUGCACGUCCUCCAGCAGCAGGGCCUGGUCCCUGAGCACGUGGAGUCCCGGCCCCUCUAUAGCCCCCUGCAGCCGGACAUUGAGCAGGGGAAGCUGCAGAUGUGGGUCGACCUGUUUCCUAAGGCCCUGGGGCGGCCGGGACCUCCCUUCAACAUCACCCCACGGAGAGCCAAAAGGUUUUUCCUGCGCUGUAUUAUCUGGAACACCAAGGAUGUGCUCCUGGACGACCUCAGCAUCACCGGGGAGAAGAUGAGCGACAUUUAUGUGAAAGGGGGCCGCAGUCCAGGCUGCAGCCGGCGACUUUGCAAGGUGAUCAUUUCCAGGGGCCGCUGGCCACAGUCUUCAGUGUGGGAGCUCUGUGGGGUCCGCGUGAUCUGGAGUGGUCACAAGCGGGGCAGCAACGCUGUGUGCACAGGGGCCCCGGGGCCAGACAGGCCCUACGUGGAUGCUUUCUGGAGGCUGGACAAGACCGAGAGCAAGAUCCCAGCACGAGUGAUAUUCCAGAUCUGGGACAACGACAAGUUCUCCUUUGAUGACUUUCUGGGCUCUUUGCAGCUGGACCUCAACCGCAUGCCCAAGCCCACCAAGACAGCCGAGAAGUGCUCCUUGGACCAGCUGGAUGACGCUUUCCACCCGGAGCGAUUUGUGUCCCUUUUCGAACAGAAAACAGUGAAGGGCUGGUGGCCCUGUGUGGCGGACGAGGGUGAGAAGAAGAUACUGGCGGGCAAGCUGGAGAUGACCCUGGAGAUCGUAGCGGAGAGUGAGCACGAGGAGCGUCCGGCCGGCCAGGGCCGGGAUGAGCCCAACAUGAACCCGAAACUCGAGGACCCAAGGCGCCCUGACACCUCCUUCCUUUGGUUCACCUCGCCGUACAAGACCAUGAAGUUCAUCCUGUGGCGGCGGUUCCGGUGGGCCAUCAUCCUCUUUAUCAUCCUCUUCGUCCUGCUGCUCUUCUUGGGCAUCUUCGUCUACGCCUUCCCGAACUAUGCUGCCAUGAAGCUGGUGAAGCCAUUCAGCUGAGGGCUCUCGGACCUGGGACUGGCUGCCUCCUCUGCCCGGCUCAGCUGACCUCCUCCGGACGUCCAGGCCUGACUCCUGCCGGGGUGGGCAGACAGACAGUUGGACUGGCAUGUGCUCUGAGUGUUGGUGACAUCGAGCCCUGGGAUCUCCCCGCUUCAUCAUUUCUUUCUCCCCCACCAACGUUGUUUGGGAUCAGCCCCGAUGUAUUUCAGUAUAAAACAGUUUGAACCACAAA